AUGCAGAAUACGUUGGCCCUAUUCCGGAAAAAAGAGCUGUUUGACUACAGCCUUAUGGAUCCUAAGAAAAAGAAAGAAUUUGAUGAAUGGUAUGCGGAAAAACAGUUAAAGGUAUAUAAUCUCAAAGAUGAACUGGAUCUAUACUGCACCAACGACGUCUUGGUUCUACGAGAAUGUUGCAAAAUCACGCAGAAGAGCUUCGAAGAGUUAUUUCCGGGAAUUCAGUGUUUCGAGCAGCCUACGAAUCCAAGCGCUGUCAUGCUAGGAUUUCAAGUGCAUUUUCUCGCGGAAAAAUGCAUCGGGAUCAUGCCAUCUUCCGGCUACGGCAGUCGACAUAACCAAAGCAACAAAGCGUUGGAAUGGAUGGCGCAUAUGGAACGUAUCUCAGGGGUGAAAAUCCAAACUUGCCGCUCUCCUGGAGGAGAAAAACGUAUCAAGCAGUUUCCCGUAGACGGGUGGGAUCCCGUGGAAAAAACGGUGUACCAGUUUCAUGGAUGUUUUUGGCACGGCUGUGCCAUACAUUUCCCGGACCCUUCGAGGAUGAAUACUGUACGCAUGAAAACGUUUGGAGAAAUUCGCGAAGAGACUGUGAAAACGAAUCUAGCGAUCCAAUCGGACCCGAAUGUACAGGCACUGGUGAUCAAGUACGAGUGCGAGUUUGACCAGGAAAAGAAAGCUGGAAUGAUAAAAUCCUUGAAGUUUCGCCCACGGCUGGACGUCCGCGGCAGUUUGGUCGGAGGGAGGACCGAAGUUUUUUCGCUGUAUGAGUCCAUUCAGCUGCCAAAUAAAGGAAAAACGUAUGACGUUAUUUCCCUGUAUCCUUCAGUUAUGGUUUUUGGGGAGUUCCCGAUUGGCCAUCCUGAAAUUGUACUUCACGACUUCGAUUACGACAUUUCCCGGUAUUUUGGCGUUGUUCAUUGUGUAGUACUCCCGCCUGCUAAUUUGUUCAUUCCUACAUUGCCUCUACGUCUACCUGACGGAAGAAUUGUGUACACCCUUUGCCGCCAGUGCUCUAUCGAUAUUAAUAUUGCCUUUCCUUGUGGUCAUGAUGACUCGGAGCGUAUGUUUGAGGGAGCCUGGACGACGCCCAUGUUAAAUCAAGCAGUUCUGGAUGGCUACAAAAUUGUUGAAAUUUUUGAAGUGCAUCAUUUUGGACGGACCAGCAAGUACAAUCCUUUAACAAAGGAAGGUGGAAUAUUUGCUGAAUUUAUCCUAUCGCUCAUCCGGAAAAAGAUUGUUAACAGUGGCUUUCCGUCAAGUGUUUUGACCGAUGAGGAGAAACUUGAAUAUUGCAAUCAGUACGAGAAAACACUCGGAAUAGUGUUUGCCCCGGAGGAAGUUGUUGAUAACCCUGGACUGCGGUACUGCGCAAAGAUCGCAGCGAAUUCAACGUGGGGCAGGUACGUAAUGAGGCCGCUGUUCCAGCAAAAUAAGUACUGCAAGACGUAUCAAGAAAUGAGAGACGUUGUAUUCAACUCUCAGUUUGAUACCAAGGAUAUUCGCCUGUUGGUUCUGUUGAAAGCCAUGCGCAUUAAAAACGAGGACACCUUGUACUGCGACACCGAUUCCAUUUUCUUUAUCAGCCGACAUGGAGUGGCAGAACCACCGAUUGGAAAUAUUAUCGGGGAUUUCUCGGAUGAAUUAAACGGGAAACAUUUUGUUGAAUGGGCAGCACUGGGAAAAAAGUCCUACUGUCAAGUCUUGAGUGAUGGGGAGCAGCGGAUGAAAUGUAAGGGGAUACCGAAGACUCAUCGUCUCAGGGAGAAUGUGAAUAUGGCCGUUAUGAAGGAUAUCUUAUUCGGCUCAGGACCGCCCACCGUCGUUGCCUGCAACGAACUAUCGUUUAAACGAAAUAUGGAGAAUCUGAGUAUCCAGAACGUGAACCUCACUCGUCGUGUCUCCUGA